GAACUUUCUUUAGUGGAGCCUGUGCGUCACUCUCCACUAACCUUGGGCAAACCACAGGACUGCUCAGCUGCUCCUGAAACACGAACUAUGGGUUGGCAGGAGAAAGGAUGGCUCGUCUGUGCGAGUUUUCUUGGAUUUGUGGCGUCGGUACAGAGCAUAACGCGGGGAGGGCUUUUUCCGUUCGGUCCAAGCGCAAGAGACCAAUUACUGGAAGCAGGGAACGACCAGACGCACCGACUUGAACUGGACAAGCCCGUUUUGUUUUAUGAUGGCAUUUUUGACAGCAUAUAUAUCAACAGCAAUGGCUUUGUUGCCACAACAGAGCCAACAAGCGAGUCGACAUAUCUUGGCAAAAUGCCCCCAAUAUUCGGCAUGAUUGCAGCUCUGCAAGGAGACCUGGACACAAGUGAUGGUGUGGGGAAAGUUUUUUUCCGUCAAGACUCCAGUCCUGAUGUUCUGCGUCGGGCAGCCGAGCACAUUAACAGGGCCUUCCCUGAGGACGAUGAAGUCAAUCCCAACCAUGCUGUGGUGAUCACCUGGGUGGAUGUCACCACCCAUGCGCCUCAAAGUAGAGGAGAUGCCAUUGACAAGAAGAAAAACACCUUCCAGCUGGUUAUUGCAUCACUGGAGAGUGUCUCCUAUGCUAUUGUCCUGUACCCAAGGGAUGGGGUACAGUUUUCCUCCACGCCUGUAGAAGACGGUAGUGGGAUCAUGCAUGCUGGCUUCAGUAAGGGUUUGGUCAAGGGUUUCCUGUUUAACAGUCAGGGACCAUACUACCGCACCACCACUGAUGACGAGUCAUCCGUCAGGGCUUUAGCAGAGGAGACCAACUCUGGCUUGCGAGGUGUCUGGGUGUAUGAGAUUGGAACUUCUCCCUAUUUUACCAACGUGGCUCCAGGUGAGGUCACUGAAUUACCCAUUGAGGUGGCACCACAGGGCCCCCCUGAAGGCCACGAGGAUGCUGCUGGUGCAAGGAGGCCUGCGUCUACUGAUGGACAGGAAGUAGAGUACCCUUCUUAUGAAGGGGGGCAGAUCAAAGUCCACCCAGUUCAGUACCAGCCACAUCAGCCUGAGAACCCAGAAGUGUUAGUGGUGGACGACACAGAAAUAAAUGUAGAUGUGUUCUCGUACAACCUUGGAACAUGUGCAAACAACAGAAAUAAGUGCUCACAGUUUGCUGACUGCAGGGACUACUCUUCUGGAUACUGCUGCUACUGCCGACCUGGCUUCUAUGGAAAUGGGAUACAGUGUGUCGCGGAGGGGAAGCCACAGAGGAUGAAUGGUAAAGUGUAUGGAAGAGUGUAUGUGGGCAAUUCUCCUUCUCCAGUGGAGUUCAACGGCAACGAUCUCCACUCAUACGUUGUGGUAAAUGAUGGCCGUUCCUAUGUGGCCAUCAGUGACAUCCCUUACACCCUUGGGCCCUCACUGCAGCCCCUGUCGGGCCUUGGAGGUGUGAUUGGGUGGGCGUUUGCUCUGGAGCAGCCUGGCUACAAGAAUGGCUUCAGUAUUAUUGGAGGGGAGUUCACACGGCAGGCUGAGGUGACCUUUCUGCCAGGGAAUGAGAAGCUGACCAUCAGGCAGGAGUUCAAAGGCAUCGAUGAGCACGACCACCUGGUGGUGAGCACCACCCUGGAUGGCAGAGUCCCUGAGGUGCCUCGUGACUCCAUUGUGAAGAUCGACCCUUACUCUGAAAUCUACCAGUACAGCAACAACUUGAUCACCUCAUCCUCCAAUCGGGACUAUGAAGUGAGCUUGCCCGAUGGCUCCACUGACACGAGGACGUUUCAGUGGCGUCAGACCAUCACCUUCCAGAGCUGCCAGCAUGGCGAGCCUUCAAGAGACAUGAAACCAACUCAGAUGCUCAGCGUGGACCAGGUCUUUGUCCUGUACGACACUAGUAAUGAAAUCAUCCGGUUCGCCAUGAGCAACAAGAUCGGGGAUAUCAAUGGACGGCAGCCCGAUGAGAACCCAUGUUUCACUGGAAGACACGGCUGUGACACCAACGCUGUGUGCCGACCUGAACAGGGUACUCAGUUCACCUGCCAGUGUGCUGCUGGCUUCAACGGAGAUGGCCGCACAUGUUAUGACAUCGAUGAAUGCAGAGAGAAUCCUCAGAUCUGUGGCUCCCAUGCUAUUUGCAACAACCAGCCCGGGACCUUCCGCUGUGAAUGUGAAGAUGGAUAUCAGUUUGCCAGUGACGGGCAAACCUGCAUUGAGGUUAAUCGACCUGUGGACGCCUGUGAAGCAGGCACCCAUAACUGUGACAUUCCUGAGCGUGCUCAGUGCAGCUAUACUGGAGGCUCGUCCUACAUCUGCUCCUGUCUGCCAGGGUUCAUAGGAGAUGGCAGAAUCUGCCAAGACAUAGAUGAGUGCCAGCCAGGCAGGUGCCAUCGGGACGCUGUGUGUUAUAACACCCAGGGAUCAUUUAACUGCCAGUGCAGGCCGGGUUACUAUGGCGACGGCUACUACUGCUCUUCAGAGAGGACAAAAACACAAUGUGAGACUCACAGAGAUAGUCUCCAGGGUGGGUCUCCACGGGGCCCCCGACCUCCCAUUGGACAGUACAUCCCUACGUGUGAUGAGAACGGUGACUAUGAACCCAUGCAGUGCCACGGCGGCACGGGACACUGCUGGUGCGUGGACCAAAAUGGGCAGGAGAUCAGCGGGACUCGCUCUGCACCUGGCACAAGACCAAAUUGUGCUGAUCCUGUGCCACCUAUUGGACCCAUCCCUCGACCCGAUGUCCACCCCCUGCCUCCAGGAACACACCUGUUGUAUGCCCAGAGCGGCAGGAUAGAGCACAUCCCGCUGGAAGGUUACGAUAUGAAAAAGGACGGUGCCAGGGCUGUCCUCCACCUCCCUGAAAAGGUAAUCAUUGGAGUGGCUUAUGACUGUAUGGAGAAAAUGAUCUACUGGACUGAAAUUACGUCUCCCUCAAUCAGCAAGGCCAGCAUCCAGGGAGGAGAACCCGUUGCGGUCAUUAGAUCAGAUUUGGAUAGCCCAGAGGGUAUCGCCGUCGACCACUUGGGGCGGACCUUGUUCUGGACAGACUCUGUGAAGGAUCGCAUCGAGGUGGCCUCUUUGGACGGGUCUCAGCGUCGUGUCAUUAUAGACUCUGAUCUUGUCAACCCCCGUGCUAUUAUCACUGACCCUCCCAAUGGUCAUCUAUACUGGGCCGAUUGGAACCGCGAUGCCCCCAAGAUUGAGACCUCUUACAUGGAUGGAUCCAACAGAAGGGUGCUGGUUAAAGAUGAUCUCAGCCUGCCUAACGGAUUGACUUACGACUCUCAGAGCUCUCAGCUUUGUUGGGCAGAUGCAGGCACACAUAAGAUGGAGUGCAUGCAUCCUGGCCGGGGUGACCGCAGACAGGUUAUGGAGGGCAUUCAGUACCCUUUUGGAAUCACGUCUUUUGGGAAGAACAUCUACUACACUGACUGGCGGAGGGAUGCCGUUGUGGCUGUGGACCGCUACACUGGCAGGCAGUCAGACGAGUUCCAGCCUCAGAAACGGACCAAGCUAUAUGGGAUCGCCACAGCCUAUGCCCAGUGUCCUUCAGGACAAAACUACUGUGCUGUGAACAACGGAGGCUGUACUCACCUCUGUUUAGCAACCCCUACCAGCCGCUCCUGCAAAUGUCCCAGCAACGCAGUGGCUGUGGGCUGCGUGGAGAGAGACAGCGGGUACUGAAAGGAGGCGGCUGCGAGAGUUGACACUGUUUGGAUGUUUGACCGCAAAUUAGGAGCCACUCAGCAUUACUAAACUAUAGCUGCUGAAAACGCCACUGAAAACCAGAGAUGAACUAAACUGUGCCUUUUAUCGCUCAGUGUUAUGCUUAUCUACAUUUUUACAUUUCCCAUUGCCUUUAUAAAACCACAAAUGCCUUUGAGAAUUGUAAAUACAAACACUAUUAUUUUUUUGUCUUUUCCUGAGUGCACAUAACCUGAGAAUAAAGCUCAAGGGAUACAUAAUUUAAUGUGAACUUCAUCACAGCAUGUCACGGCAUGACAUCAUCUCAUGUCAGAUGCUGUUACACUGUGGUAUGGUUGGAUUAGUUUAUCUCAUUGAGGUAUUGUGAAGUAUGACUAGUUUCUGUACAUGCUGGUGGGAUGAGUUUACAUGCUGGGCAGCAAAAGAAUAAACUUUUUCUAACA